AUGCUCGAAGACGAGCUGUUGCGAUUUUGCCAAGAGGCACAGGAGGGCUUGGAGAACGGCGAAUACGAGUGGCUCACGCACGUCAGAGGUGUGAAUGCCACAACUAUGGCCCGCAGAGUCAUGCAUGCCCUGAGAUGGGGAAGGCGAGACGCAUCACAUGGACUGCUCUUCACGAAAAAGGCCUUCCACGAGCAGAAUUCCACCUUGCUUCUGUGGAGCGGGGUUCCUGCUUCAUCGCGGGAGAAGCGGUUGGAAUCCGGUGACAAUGACUCUAUCCAGACACCAUUUGGCAGCAUUCUGGAGAGGAUCAGGAGCAAGGACUCUGAUGAACAGCUCUUGCAAGGAUGCGAGUGGCCUGAGCAGGAGCCAAUCUGGCAAGCAGCUUCAGAUGCCGUCGUCUGGCGAAGUGGAGAUUCUUUGGUGCGCUUUCUGGUGAACAAACCCUUGAGCGGCCAUGGAACUUUGCGGGAGAGCAUCUUCUUCCGCGCCGAGCUCCCCACGCUCGCUAGGUAUCCGCCCACUGAGGGCCUGCGGGUGCUCAACGAACACCCUGUCGUCAAGUGCCGCCACCUCAUGCCUGUUAUUCGAAACAAAAUUGAAAGUAAUGGGCUUUUAGAUGACUGGCGCAAGGUGAAGACCUUCUCGUGUGUAGACGUUUUGACCUGGCAGCAGUCAUCCAUGAAUCUCACAGAAUCGGGACGCCAGCUUCUGGACAGCAAGGCGACUGAGUUUCUGAAGCCAGGGGAGCAGCUGGAGCCGGAGUGCGGCAUGAAGUUCUCCACCGUGGAAGGAUAUAAGAGCUGCCGUGACAGAGGCCAGAUCGACUUCGAUACCUUCCAGACGGUAGCACGUCAGCUUCCGCCUGAGUACACGCCGGAAAUGACAAGCUUGAGGCUUCCCCAGCUGGCGAAGAAAAUCAAGCAUCUCCCCGUCAUCCUCCCGGACAUUCUGGACAUGUUCGACUCCUCCAUACCCUUAGAGCUCUGCCUUUGGAACUCUCUUGAAACGGCGCAGGCCUCAAAAGUCUUCGCCUUUCCCAGGUCUCUAAAGGAUUUCCUUCCGAGAGACCUCAAGGAUGCAUGCAGAAAAGGUGCGGCGAAGCUGCUGCCAGGCCUCCUGAAGGCUUUAGAUGACUCUCAGCCGCACGUGCGCCAAGCUGCAGCUGAAGUUUUCGGGUUCAUCGGCAACGGCAGCGGGGCAGAACUAGCUGUGCCGAAGCUACAGGCUCUGGGCUUGAACUUCUCUUCUGAAUACCAUUCUUAUGAACACCCUGUCCAAAGACAAGCAGCUAAAGCAUUGGGCUCUAUUCGCGGAGAAGCGACCAGAGGAAUGUUGCCGGAGCUCCUGAAGGCUUUGCACGACUCUGAUGAUGACGUCCGCGGCCGUGCCGCUGAAGCACUCGGCUUUCUUGGCAAAGAGGCAUCAGAAGCCGUGCCAGGGCUGUUGCAGGCCAUGCGAAAUUCCACCUGGUACUAUGCUAGACCUUUCGCUGAAGCAUUGGGGUCUAUCGGCAAAGAAGCGAAGGAAGUCGUGCUACCCCAGCUCCUGAACGCUUUGGACGACUCUGAUGCUGGAGUCCGCAAAGGCGCCAUUAGUGCAUUGGGGCAUAUGGGCGAAGAGGCAAAGGACGAGGCGCCCAAGCUCAUGAAGGCCCUGUAUGACUCUGAUCUAGAUGUUCGCUAUUUUGCCGCUGACGCGCUAGCAAAGAUGGGUACAGAGGCCGUGCGGAAGCUCGCGAAGAAUACGGACCACUCUGACACUUGGGUCCGCGAACGUGGCCUUCGAGCAUUGAGGUCCAGCGCCAAAUUGGCCAAAGAAGCUGUGCCGGAGCUAGUGCAUGCAUUGGACGACUGGCAUUUUGAGGUCCGUGCAUCUGCCGCUGAAAUGCUGGGGUCUAUGGGUAAGGAGGCAGUCGAAGCCGUACCGAGACUCGGAACAGCUUUACUGGGUGACCCUCAUUAUUAUGUCAAACAUUGCGCCGCCUUCGCAUUGGGCGAAAUCGGCAAAGAGGCAAGCGAAGUUGUGCUGCUUGAGAUCCAGAAGGCUUUGGGCGAUUCUGAUACAUGGGUCAGAGUCUUUGCUUGUGAAGAUACAUUGAAGUUUAUGGGCAAAGAGGCAAAGGCCGCCGUGCCAGAUCUCGCAAAGGCAUUGGAGGACUCAGAGGUGGAUGUGCGCAGAGCUGCCGCUGAAGCAUUGCGGUCCCUUGGCGUGGAGGCAAAAGAAGCCGUCCCGAAGCUUUUCGAGGCCUUGGUCGAUUCGGAUGCUUCCGUCCAAGCACAUGCAGCUGUGGCACUGGGGCGCAUGGGCCUUUUCAAAGAAGCAAAGGAAUCCUUGCUGCGGAAACUCCGGAAGGAUUUGCAUGACACGGAUGAAGAAGUCCGCAAACGUGCUGCUCUGGCAGUGUGGAAAGUAGGCGAAAAAGGGUUAAAGUUGACUGAAGCUGUGCCGGAGCUCGCGAAGGCAUUGGAAGACUCUGAUUCUUCUGUCCGCUAUUAUGCCGCUGGAGCAUUGGCACUCAUGGGCCAAGAGUUGGACGAAGCCGUGCCAGAGCUCCUGAAGGAGUUGGACGACCCUAGGGCCGAAAUCCGUAUCCAUGCCGCUGAAGCAAUUGGCUCCCUUGGCAAAGAGGCAGAUGAAGUUCUGCAUCAGCUCCAGAAAGCCGCCGGCGACCCUGAUGCCCGUGUGCAGGGAGCUGCCCUUUCAGCCUUGAAAGCACUCCGGGGAAAGGUGCUGCUAACUUCAUCAGGCUAA